AGCUGCAGUAUGUUUCGUCACUUGCAUUUCAUGUAUUCAUGACAAUAACUUUAGAUUUAGAUUCCUCAUGUGUACACCAUGUACUUGUUUUGACUAGGAAAACGUGACAGCUGAGAGCGCUCUUAACGUUGCUAUGCAAGUAGACCAAUUGACAUCAAAUCCAGACACACUGCAAGUUAACGAUGUCAACACUGCUGUUCAACUGUUGGAGAGAAUAGCAGCUGCUCAUGCAAACAAUACAGAGGUGGGAGACCAUGUUCUUGCUUGUGUCAGUCAUCUUAUGGAUGUUGAUAGUUCAGUUCUAGUUGAGAGUCAGCAAGCGUCACAGUCGGGUACCAGAGCUGUGAAAAUGAUUGAUGAAUAUGCGUUAUCCAUUCCAAUUAAACCCGGAAAACGGAUUGAAAUCAAUAGUCAUCGUGUCAAUCUCCUAGUCGUCCAUAGAGAUAACAUUUCAUCAGAUAGUAUUGAGUUUCCAGAGGAAUCAAGCAGUGCUGUCUCGUCGAUUGAAUUUCCAGUUGAUGCUCUAACCAACGCAAACGCUGUCAACCAUCGUGUGUUGUUUGUUUUAUACAAAAACAGUAAGUUGUUUCCGAGUUCUAAGGCUGGACACAACGUGCAUGCUGAGAGUGAAGUUGUUGCUGCCUCGGUGAGCACUGGACCUCUCAAGAAUCUAUCAAAUCUGGUGGUGUUAAAGUUCAGGGAUCACAUGGCGAAUGAGUCGGUGUGCGUCUAUUGGAAGUUUACAGAUGAAGUAAGCGGUGGCCACUGGUCUAAAGAAGGUUGUCAGAAACGUGAAGAUCCCACCAUCUCUUACACGAUCUGCGAAUGCAAUCAUCUCACCCACUUUACAAUCACCAUUCAACCUGUACUACCAUCAGCAAUUGCUAAUACAACCGAACAGAAAGAACUACCAGAUGAUGCAAAACUUGUAGCAAUCGCUGGCUGUGGCGUGUCGAUACUCUUUGUGUCAUUUUCUUUCAUCGGUUUGUGCUUUGUGAGGAAGUGGUCGUCGGCUUGUUUUGUGUAUGGAAAUAUUUGCUUGUGUGUCGUCGUCUGUAAUGUUUUGUUUGCUGUCAGUUUGGAUCCUCCUGACAGUGAGACGGUUUGCAAGGCUAUCGGCGUGUUUCUCCAUCUCUUCAUGAUGAUUUUGUUCGCGUGGAUUGUCGGCAAGAGCGUGCAUCUCUGUUGGACUCAAUACUGCACGUUUGACGACAGCAGAUUCCUGAGUAAACAUCGACUAAAGAUACUGACCGCAUUCUGUUGGGGUCUUCCGAUCGUUUAUUUAGUCUUUCUGGGGUCAUUCAAGUUUGAUAGUUAUGGUAGUGACUCACUCUGCUGGUUGGAUACAAACAACAGAUGGUUCAUUGUUUGCCCCAUAAUAGGAGCAACUGCUGUGUUCUUACUCAUAUGGCUGAUAACCGUGUUUGGCUACCGUCGUCAGGUGGACAAACUCGAUGACGCAACACACACGAGUCAAGACCUAACAUUGAGCUAUUUGAUUGGGUCGCUUCUCGUUGCCUUUGGCAUUGGGACAACGUGGUUGCUGGCCACCGUCUGGUUGCUAUGGUAUCGAGACACGAAUGCCUUGAGCUACAUACAAGCUGUAGACAACAUGUUGACCGGUUUGCUGAUGUUCAUCUUCUAUUGUCUAACAGAUAGUCACGUGAGAAACGAGUACAGACGAGUGUUUUGUUGUCAACAAAGAGUAACGAAGAAGAAGACGCGCCAUGGGAGUGAGACAGUUCACAACGAUGAUGUUGUGCGAGCAGUAGGCAUUAGGGACUGGGGAAAUGCAGAUAUCUGUGCUCUGGAUGCUGCUUUGCAACACGAGUUUUCCAUGGACGUGAGUAGUGGUAGUGCUGGUGUUGUAAAGAAUAAUGCUUUUCGGGAGGCAUCACCUGUACGAAUGAGCAAUCUUCAGAAGCGACGGGAGAGCAUGUCACAAGAGAACGCAGCCAUUGUCAAUGGCCAGGGCAGCCCAUGGAGGUUUCAGUCUGACUCAGCAUUAGACAGCGAAAUUCUAGAAAAAGAAGUUUUCGAGGUUCCGAUGCCUGGUUCUCCUGGUACACUGAAACAAGUGUUGAGUACCGACGGACUGCGUGGAGGCUCAGGCAGUGAAGAGAGCAUGGUCAUAGAGAGCAGACUCUAACACGGUCAUGUGACAGGUCUGUGGCUUGGUGGUAGGUUUACUAUUUGGGUUAGGAUGUGACGAUAUCGUUUUUUAACUUAAUUCCAUUCUUUGUGGAAUGAGAGCUUUUGUGUUGGUACUAUUUUGUUAGCGCGAUGUCGGACGUACUCGAGCCAGUGGAGGUGGCGUGUAAUUAGAGAGGUGUAGAGAAUUACGAUGUUUGUAUGAAUA